AUGGCGGGCACUUUACAAGCAACCGGAAAUGCACCGACAUACAACAAUUUUCGGGUUCUAAUUAACCAACCCUUUCCAUUGCCAAACAAUUUCGAUGCGGCCGUAGUGGACGUAAAGCUUACAAAAUAUACCAUACUUUGCAACAAUCUCACGGCAAUGUUGACGGCCGCGACCACUCUGCACGGAAAUGCGGCAUAUACACCAUCAUUUGUUGGUGGAACUGUCACCUUAGCGCGACGUUUGACUUGGGUGACAACCUAUUUCUUGAAUGGUAUAACCAAUUAUAUGGAGUGGAGCGCCGAGAUACCGAAUUCUGCCGCCAGGAGGAAUCCUGCGGCAUGGGGAACCUUCAUAGAUGCACUCACUGCCUUGUUUACUGCUUUGGUCGUUGUGCCAGACCAAUGGUCGGUGGAUUCUCAAGCCAACCUCGGGGAUGAUGGCGCUGUUCAGUAUCCGAUACCUGCGGAGCCCCCACUGGAACUUGUAGCUCAGAUAUACCUUGACGUGUACGACAGAGCUCGAGUUGGUCCAACGUACCCUAACGGCCUGAACACUACAGCUCUGGUUCAACAAUGCCUGUCCGUAGAGCUUGCGACCAACAAUCAUUUCGACCUCAACCAAAAUCAACGAAAUCGCACCGGCUUUUCCUUCUGUAUCUUCGUUAGCCAGUCGACACCCGCUGCCGCCAACAGGAAUCUGGUAGCUGGCUCAACAGUUCUUUGUUCGACCCAACUAGGGCUUCCAAUCUUCCCAGCUGCCUUCGACCCCAUCCGACGCGCGCGUUUUGUAGCAGGAGGUGCAAAUUACGACACCGAGCUUCAAACCCGCUUUUUGGACACCUCACAGAAUGUAGUGGCUCCUAAUCUUGCUACAAGACCAGCAGCCCGCUUCCGAGCGCACGGCUGGACACCAGCAAGUAGUGGACAGCAAACUCUUCAAGACUUUGUCACCCAGGUGACCAACGAUCUGGUGCUGCAGUCCCAGCCUGCCGCCUGGCGGGCUUUCACUUUUGUCAAUCAGGACGCACGGUCUCAUUUUGCGCCGAUUAUACUGAAUGGGCAGAAUGCAUGGUUUGAACCUACGCCGAGAUGUAUGAAAUGUCGCGUCACCCAAGGUUACGUAAACAUUCAGGAGAACUUAGCAGGCGCGGUGUCAUUGAUGACAAGGGCUAAGCUCUCGGUUCGUGGCUUUAUAAUUGACCAAGUUCAAGAACGAACAAGAAGUAUUGAGACGAUUUCAGAAUCCUACAAAGCAGCGCUUGACCUUUGCAAGGUUUCGAAUCGGUUUUUGUCUGAUGAAAACCCCAAAAGAUCCGCACUUAGAAUCCUCGCACGAAAUGUGGCCCACCAAGGAAAGGAAGUCUCUGAGGCUUUCCUUAACGCGUGUGAGCGGUAUGUAGACGAUGAACCGGAUCUCUCCGCUUUUAUGGCGCUUGCGGAUCGGAAGGCCCUCUUCGACGAAAUUAAAUCACGCAAUCACGCUCUGAUCGCCCUGUAUCACUCGAAAGAUGGAUGCUUUGGAGCAACCAGAGGAGGCUGCUAUGGCAUGUUCACCGAAAAGGGAGCGAUUGGAGAUGAAAUUUUCAUGAUCGAUGGGGGUCCCGAAACCUUCCUCGUUCGCCAUCAACCUGCGACAGACACAUACAUUUGGUCAGGACAGAGCUAUGUCUAUAAUUUUGAGGACCAGAUUGAGAAAAAUGCGGCAAUAGACAUUCUGACUACCAUCCGAUGCUUUGCAGACUUGAAAAAGGAUGACACGAACACCAAGCCUAGCAUUCAUGAUUCAGACACUGUUGUACUUCCUGGGACCUCAAGUCGAACUGCUUCUCAGGCCCAACCACCUCCGCCCGGCUCAGUACCCUUGACAGCAUCUUCCCCUGCAACUCCAUCUUCCAAUUCGACAAUCCCCCCAGAGAGUAUACCGAAAACUCCACCCACACCACCUGGUGGUAAAUUACAGACAGCCCCGCCAACUUCUGUCCCUCCUCCACCCUCCAAUACCAGCGCUCCCUCUGCGCCAAUUCCUCCCUCACCGCCCCCUCCACCUCCACGACAGCCGCGUCGUUUUCGACGCUUUAUUGUUUAUCUUGUUCUUAUUGGCGCCUUAAGCUAUGCCGGGGGAGUCUAUUACUCGCUACUGUCAGACAAUUUCCAUGAUUUCUUCACGGAGUACGUGCCUUUCGGCGAGGAGGCGGUACUCUACUUCGAGGAACGUGAAUACCGAAAGCGGUUCCCUAACAUUACCAAUCCCACCAAUCGCCCAACACUAGAUGCCGGGAACAAAGUCACCAUACCGAGCAAGAGUGGCGUCUCCUGGAGGGUCGCAGAUGACACCCAGAAAGCGAGCGAUUCGGGAACCAAGGGCCGGCAUACAAAUGCUGUCGACUCCCAGGAGGCUCAGGUCAAUAAAAGCAAUACUGCGAAUGCCCAGCAGACGCCUUCACAAGCAACAAGUGCGGAGAAGACCAAAGCUGUAGAAGGUGCCAAAAAGACUUCAGAGUCGCAAUCUUCACCACUGCAGUCGGCAGCGGCGAAAGCCAAAGAAGCAGUAAAAGCAGCAUCUCCUGCACCUUCUUCAAAGCCAGCAGAGACCACUACACCUAGCACUUCAACAGCUCCCGUCAAGCAGCCAGAAACAGCGAAUAUCGCAUCUACGCGCCCGCCAGAAGUGAACGAGCCCAGUCGAAUAAUGCCUGUAGAGCCCAUUGAUCCUCUAAAAGUUAAAAAUGCAAAUGAGCCCCUAGUUCAAGACCUAGUCAACAUUUUGAACGAUAUCAUCACCGUUGUAAACAAUGAUGGAUCGUCAUUUAUAUAUAACUCGACGAUGUCAAAAGCAAAGACCGCAUUGGUCAAUGUCUGUGGGAGAAUUGUGAAUCUGAAGCAAACCGAGCAGCAAAAAGCAGAGGAAGAGAUAAAAUCAAUGCAUUUGAAAUUUGACGAAGGGGCGAAGGACCUCGUGAAACGUAUAGAGCAAGAACAGCAGGUCCAAAUCGGCCAGUGGCGCGAUGAAUUCGAGUCCGAGCGAGACAAAUUGUCCCAGAACUACCAGGAGCGCCUCAGUGUUGAAAUGAAACGAGCCCAAGAAGUUAUGGAGCAGCGCGUCGGCAACGAGCUCUUACAGCAGGCGCUCACACUCAAGAAGCAGUUCCUGUCCGACGUAACUUCGCAGGUCGAGAAUGAGCGUAACGGCAGACUUGCCAAACUCUCCGACCUCUCAUCGAGCGUCUCCGAGCUCGAAAAGCUUACCGGCGAGUGGAACGGCGUCGUCGACGCCAAUCUAAGGACUCAGCAUCUACAAGUCGCGGUAGAAGCUGUGCGCUCGACCCUGGAGAGAGCAGAUCGCCCUCGCCCAUUCGUGCACGAACUUGCCGCCUUGAAGGAAAUCGCUGCCGACGACUCCGUCAUCAACGCCGCCAUCGCAUCCAUCAACCCUACCGCAUACCAAAAGGGCAUGCCCACCUCCGCCCAGCUAAUCGACCGGUUCCGUCGCGUGGCGGCUGAAGUCCGCAAAGCGGCCUUACUGCCAAACGAGGCGGGCGUGGCAAGCCAUGCCGCUAGCUGGGCGCUCUCGAAGGUUUUGUUCAAGAAGAAGGGCAUGACUGUGGGGGAUGAUGUGGAGAGCGUGCUCACGAGGACGGAGACGUUGCUUGAGGAGGGAAAUUUGGAUGAGGCUGCGAGGGAGAUGACGGGGUUGCAGGGGUGGGCGAAGACGUUGAGUUGGGAUUGGUUGAGUGAGGCGAGGAGGGUUUUGGAGGUAAGACAGGCGAUGGAUGUCAUCGCUACUGAGGCGAGAUUGGAGGGGUUGAAGGUUGAGAGUUAA